GUAACAGUGCAGAAGUUGGUGUAUGCAGACCAGUUGUCCUGGGCAGGGUCUGAAGGCUGUAACCAUAUAAGUAGUCUCUUGUUCCUUCGCCCACAUAGGCCCGCAAAGCUUCCGACACCCUCUGGAGCUCUCCACGCCACUGCACUGGACAGAGGUGUCUGAGACCCUCCUUUGUCCAGUCCCCUGAGAGAAGGAAGGAGGUGCAGCAGAUCCAUCCCGGGCUCUCCCUGGAGGAGACCCGCCGCGGCAUGGCGCGGUCCAGUCAGCAGGCUGCAGAUCCCAGGCGCUUGCUGCUCUCUGGCGGCCGGAGCCGGGAGUCCGGGGACCCGGGAAUCGCACCUUCUACACUCAGCGCGCCCAAGGGCACCAGCAGUGACCGAGACGCUGGGGAAAGGGCGGGAGGGAGACUUAACUGAGUGGUAAGAGAGAGGAGGCGGGGUAGGGGCGCGGGAGGUGGAAGGGAGCGGACCGCGAGGGGAGAGGGCGGGCGUGAGCACCCGCGGCGCGGCGGGGGUGGCUUCCGCGGGGUCGGAGCACUAGCCAGCGCCACCGCCCUUUGGGACCCCGGAACGCCAGCUCGCCCAGAGCGCAGAUUCCCUUCUUCCGGCAACUGUGGCGGCUGGUCCCUCGGUGCCAGCGGCCCCUCUUCAUCCCCGGCGCUGCCCUUCCUCCCCUCCGUCCCGGCCCCGCGCCCAGUAGCUAGCUCCUCAGUGGUCGCCGCCCGCACCGCCCGGCCCCGAGCCGCCGCUUUGCCCGCUCGCCUGGGCACGCUGCGAGAGAGGCGCGCGUCGCCAGCUCCGGCUCUUCGGUCCCACUCCGCGGCCGCCCGCUCCGCUCGCGGGCAGCAGUGCUCCACGUCACAGGAACUGAGGCAGGACCCCGACAGGACCAGCGCGCGGGUCUGGAGCCGGAGCCCCCAGCCCUACCAGUCGCUCGUCCUGCGCCCAGCCCCGGCCCCCGACGGCUGCGCGUUGAGAUGACUUUCCGCUAUCUCCUGAACGUCAGUUUCGAGGGACCCUGCUCAGACAGCAGCGCCGGGAGCUCCAGCGCGGGCGGUGGCGGGGGUGGCGCGGGCGGCGCGGCCGCCUCCGAGGGCCGGGAGGUGGACGGCGUGCGGGUGACCGCAGGCGGUAGCGGCGGCGGCGGCGUGGUGGGCGCGGGCAACGGCGAGGACAACCGGAGCUCCGCUGGGGAGCCGGGGAGCACCGGCGCCGGCGGCGAGGUGAACGGCACGGCGGCCGUCGGGGGGCUGGUGGUGAGUGCGCAGGGCGUGGGCGUGGGCGUCUUCCUGGCCGCCUUCAUCCUCACGGCCGUGGCGGGCAACCUGAUGGUCAUCCUCUCCGUGGCCUGCAACCGCCACCUGCAGACGGUCACAAACUAUUUCAUUGUGAACCUGGCCGUGGCCGACCUGCUGCUGAGCACCACGGUGCUCCCUUUCUCGGCCACCAUGGAGGUUCUGGGCUUCUGGGCCUUCGGUCGGGCCUUCUGCGACGUGUGGGCCGCCGUGGAUGUGCUGUGCUGCACGGCCUCCAUCCUCAGCCUCUGCACAAUCUCGGUGGACCGGUACGUGGGCGUGCGCCACUCGCUCAAGUACCCAGCCAUCAUGACCGAGCGCAAGGCGGCCGCCAUCCUGGCGCUGCUCUGGGCCGUGGCCCUCGUGGUGUCUGUGGGGCCGCUGCUGGGCUGGAAGGAGCCGGUGCCCCCUGACGAGCGCUUCUGCGGCAUCACGGAGGAGGCGGGAUACGCUGUUUUCUCCUCCCUGUGCUCUUUCUACCUGCCUAUGGCCGUCAUUGUGGUCAUGUACUGCCGCGUGUAUGUGGUAGCGCGAAGCACCACGCGCAGCCUGGAGGCGGGAGUCAAGCGCGAGCGGGGCAAGGCCUCAGAGGUGGUGCUGCGCAUCCACUGUCGCGGCGCAAGCACUGGCUCAGACGGAGCCCACGGUGGGAUGCGCAGCGCCAAGGGCCACACCUUCCGCAGCUCACUGUCGGUGCGUCUGCUCAAGUUCUCCCGUGAGAAGAAGGCGGCCAAGACGCUGGCCAUCGUCGUGGGCGUCUUCGUGCUCUGCUGGUUCCCCUUUUUCUUUGUUCUGCCACUGGGGCCUACAUUCAUUCAUGGGCAGCAAUCCCUGGCCAGUCUACGUGAACAUCAGCAGACACCGGAAGCCACCUGCUUUCUCUGUUUGGAAGCUGGGCCCCCCUGGGAGGCCCUCCCCAGCUGGCUUUCCUGUAGUCCUGGGAGGUGGGCAGCUGUUCUCAGGACCUUCCUCCCAUGCCUUGAGGCCCCUCCUGGAAGCCUGGGGGCUCGGUCAGCACAGGGAGAAGAAAGGGAACGGCAUCUAUGGGGUUGCUUUUGCCCUGAGUCACUUCACCCACAGGUGCAACCAGCCAGCCCAAGCCAGGGCCUCCCACGCACCUGUAACCGCCCACAUUGAACAGAUGACAACAUUUCGCCAUAUUUGCCUCAGGUCACUUCCUCCCUCUCCUUUCAGAUAAACAGAACAGCCGCAACUAAGUUCCCUCCUCCUGUCCCUUCCUCAUUUUCUCCCUCUCUCUGCAGAGGUAGAUCUGGUGUUUAUCACUCCCACACACGUUUAUACUCUUACUACAAACACCUGAAUCUAUAAUAAUAAAUAGCAUUGUUUUGUGUGUCCUUUGGACUUAUAUAAAUUGCACCAGCUGUGCACAUCCAUCUUCAGUUUGCCCUUUUCACCCAAUGUUUUGUUGUUGAGAUUUAUCCAUUCUGGUUAUUUUAGCAACAGCAUAGUAUCCUGUUUGAAAGUAUGCCAUGGUGUGUUGAUGCAGUCUCCUGCUGAGUGUUCAGUUUUUCUAAUUUUUCGCUGUUAUAAUCAACACUGCAAAAGGCUACUGUUUUUUGAGGUCGAGAUCACGUCUCCCUCUUCGAAAAAGUCAUCCCUAAAUCUCCAUGGCCUCUGCCCUUGCUGGCAGACACUGCUCUUCCUCAACCCCUCGCCUCUGCUGCUCCUCACACCUCGCGUGGGAACCCUGGGGCUAUCUUGCGUCUCCCUUCCUGCCGGUCUACACUGUGCCCAGCCUCCCAUGGCAUCUCACCAAGUCUAGAACAAAGCCCAGGGCCACAAUGGAGCUGAAUUUAGUGGAUUCUGGUAAUAAUGAGCAAGCAGGACAGAGGCCAAGCAGGGAAACAGAAUAUUCUGAUCUACCAUGACGUGGCUUGGAGGGCAGGACAGCAGAGAGAACAGGAGGACAGAGCCUGUGGUACAAGCAGGAGUGGCCUGAGGGUUGUGCAGAAAGAAGGGGGGCCAGGAGCAACCCCCCCCCAGGAGCUCUGGGGCCAGGCCUGGGAGGAGGGAGGCGUCUUUGGAGGAACAGGGAACAUUCUGAGCAGCAACUUUUGGGGUUGAAUGUGGAAUCCAAGGAGCUGGCAUAUUUUGGUAGGAGGUGCCAGUAUGUGCUUGGGGGAAGAGGAUGUUGGGAACUUAGAUAAGGGGACCAAGGAUGGAUAUGGUUGCAGAAGCAGGAGUGUGGGGUACAGUCUCCCAGAAAGAGGAAGGAUGGACAAAGAGAAGAGAUGGGCUGGGGAAGGAGCCUUGGGGUGUACCCACUUUGAAAGAACCCAGAAGGAGGCAGAGAAGGGGGCAGCCAGGAGAAGGUGGUACCGCCCUUCUUGCAGGCCCUGGUUCCCACACCAGGUGUGAGGAACAGCAAACGUGGGAGGAUUGAGAAAAAGCACUGUGUGCCAGCCAGGGCCACAGGCCAUGGAAAUGAAGGUGCCCAGUAGGGCCACGACCUGGGGUUGUUGAGCAGACCCAGGGUGCCCUUCACCCACAUCUCCACACACAAAGCCAAGUGGAAGCAGGAGCCCCAGCCACAGCAGUGAUAUGGCCAGUGAGCAGCCCCAAUAGGCCAGAGGAUAUCAAAAGCUUUAGGAAGUGGGCCCAGGGUCCCAGUGGUAUACGCACAGGGGGCCAUGAACAGCCAUCUAUCACCUGAAAUGUUUUAGUCAAGCCAGAGCUGCAGCAGAGGGAGAUACAGACAAGGUAUGCUGACCUGUGGGGCCAUUGGGGCUCAAGUUGCUGGGCAGGAAAGAAUGGCACACAAGCACAGGGCACCUAAAAUCCUGAGGGUCUCAGAGAGGGACUAGGGGUCAUCCCCCACACCUCCGUUUCCCUGUCUGUGACUCGAUCUAGGCAGUGACUACAUUGGUGAAUAUAUAUGUAAAGUCAUCAGUCUAUACUCUUAAAAUGUACACACUUUAUAAACUUGACUGUCAGUAUCUUAUGCCUUAAUGAGAGAGAGAGAGGGAGAGAAGGCGGGAGGAGGCAGGAGGAGGUUGUGAGCCAUCUGAGGAACUGGCGUCCAGGCAGGAAAGCACACUUUGGCAGCCAGGUGUGGAGGGCAGAUUCAGCGUUUGCGUCUCAGAGUGCUGGCCAAGUACCGAAGGACCCAUCUCCACAGGCUCCCUGAGGUGGUGCAGGUUCCACAGACUCAAGGAGAGAGGCAGGGGGUGCGCUGCAGCAAGUUCUCAGGAAUGGCAUUACUGUUCCCUGGCCCAAAAACCUGAAGAAGAGGCUGGCAUUACAUCUCCUAUCUGUGCCUUUGUGGCACCUGGCACACAGUAGAUGCUUGGUCAGUGUGUGUAUAGGAGGAAGAAGUGGCAGAACCCAUGGCCUUUUCACAUCCUUCCGUGCCGAGGAUCUGGUUGACAAAGCACAGCCCUCUAUCUUUACUAUUAUUAUUAUUCCUGUGGUAAGAACAUAACAUGAGAUCUACCCUUUUAACAAAUUUUUAAGCAUGCAGUAUUGUUAACUCUAGGCACAAGGUUGUACAGCAGAUCUGUAGAAUUUAUUCAUCUUGCUUAACUAAAACUUUAUGCCUAUUGAUUAGCAACUCCCCAUUUCCCCCUCCCCUCAGCCCCUGGCACCCACCAUUCCACUCUUUCUUUGAAUUUGACUAUUUUAGCUACCUUCAUGGAAGUGGAGUCAUGCAGUCCUUCUGUGACUGGCUUAUUUCACUUAGUAUAACAGCCUCUGUGUAAGCAGAGACCUCCCUUACUCGCAAUGCAUUUACGCCCAUUUAUGUGACCUAAAAAAGUUUUUAAACAUAACAGCUAACAUUUAUUGAGUGAUUAUUAUGAACAAGCAGUGAGCUAGGGGUUUUAUUUUCCAUUUUUAAAAAUCAUGGAUAGUUUCAAACACAUAAGUAGACAGAACGGUGUGAUGGCCCCAGCUUCAACAAUAUCAACCCAAGGCUGAUCUUCGUUCAUUUCAAACCCCGCCCACUUUCCACCACUGCUUAUUAUUUUGAAGAAAAUCCCAGACACCGUAUCAGUUCAUCUGUAAAUUCUUCAAUGUAUAUUUCUAGAAGAACUUUUAAAAAAUAACCACAAUCCAUUAUAACACAAAAAAUAGUUGUUUAAUAGUACCAAAUAUCUUAGUGUUCAAAUGUUGCUGAUUGCCUCAUAAAAUUUUAGUUUAUUUGUUUGAAUCAGGGUCCAAAAAAAAGUACAUACAUUGCAUGCACUUGAUUUGUCUCCUCAGUUUCUUUGAUUAAUAAGAUUCCCCUACCCCCACCUUUUCCCUUUCAGCUUGUUUGGUGAAGAAACCAGAUUGUUUGUCCCAAAGGAGUUGCCCACAGUUUGGAGUUUGCAUCCCUAUUAGUGCCAUUUAACGUGUCCCCUUGUUCCCUGUACUUCCUGUAAACUGGCUUGAACAGAUUCAAGUUCAGUGUUUGAGACAAGAUUUCUUUUCUUUUGUGACGUUAAGAUUGAUCAGGGGUUCAGAUGCAGUCAGCCUGAUUCAUUCAUUAUAAAAUGUUCCAUCAGCUUUUCACCUGCUAGUUUUAGCAGCCAUUGACCAUGGCCUGGACCCAUUAUAUCACUGGGACUGAAAGUGGUGAUAUCCAAAUUCUGUCAUUCCUUCUGCAUUUGUAGACUAAAAUUCUAAAAAGAA